GUGUUUUUUUUUUAACCUUCUCGUGCUAUACAGAACUUCCGAUUUGAGACCACCAAGAUUUCUACAACGCGACGACUACCGUAGUAACGGUGUCCACUUCACGUACACAAAUGACCGACAUUGGAUGGGGAAAAUUACAGGCCUACGAGGCAUAUGGUCGAGCGGGUGAUAAGAAAGAGGAUUUUGAUAUCGUAUCAUACGAGGAAGCCCUAUCAGAUAAAUAUGCUUCAUUCCGACACGCGUCACACUCGAUGCUGUUUGCAAGAAAUGACGCUAUCCUUUGGGAACUAUACAACUGCAGGGGUGCAGUGCUGAUGCAGAUGAGGUUUGAUGGUUUGCUGGGGUUUCCCGGUGGCUUAGUUGAUCCCGGAGAAAACCCCCUCCAAGCAGCAAACCGUGAACUGGAGGAAGAAAUUGGUCUUGACAUGCAAAAAUUUAAACUGUCAGACAGAGAUCAUGUCAUUUCCUUUGUGAACAAGAGCAAGACUCUUGUGUUACACUUUUAUGGGAGAGAGGUGACUCUGCCACAAUUCCAAGAAAUUGAACUUGAAAAUUUAAAAGCUCCAGAUUAUGGAUCAGAGACACUAGGUAUAGUACGACCGCCACUGUUUACAAUGGGUGAUGGAUACAGAGGACUUCCUGCCUUUUUGUCCAAUAGUUUUGCAGGAAAUGCACGUCAAGAGUUACUAAUUGGGUUACAACACUACAAGCUACUCCCAGAGGAUGAAAUUCAGAAAGCUGUUAACUCAUGGUUAAUAUUUCAACAACAAAAUAAAGACACUAUAGGUGUGACUAAUUUAGAAAAUUAAAUGGGUUGGUAGUACAUGUGUAUUAUUUACUUGUUCCUGUCCAGGCUAUUAUUGUAUCUUUUGUUGUUUCACAAGUUCUCCGGUCUCAAUAAACAAAUGGAAAAGAGCUGUCUCAGCAAACACUUGUGAUAAUAAUGUACUCUUUCUAUUAUCUACGACUGUGUAAAGAUUUACACUACUAAAAUUUAUUUCUUUGCAUGGUCAAACUUGAUUGGCAAUUCAAACUAAGGAAAAUACCAGUUUUAGGAUAUCAAUAUGACUUAGUAUGUUUAAUGACAACUUAAACAUCGGUCCUGAUAACAUAAUUCAGGAAAUAAAUAUAUAUGUUUAUAGAACAUUAACACCAAACUUUCAAAUCUUGGUCAUGUAAUAUUGGUGAAGGCCUCCUAUUUUUCAAACUUUGGUCAGAAUGUUUUUCUACAUGGAUAUAUACAUGUAAUGUUGCAGCUUUUGUUAUAUACAUGUAAUGGGCAUUAAUAAAAUCUAUUAAAAUAUGCA